GCGCCGUGACGUCACUGCCAGGCGCGGGGCCGCACGUUGGUCGGGCUUUCGGCGGGUUUUCCAGCAAGAAAAAUGUCUAUGGCCAGCGAUUUCUACUUGCGCUACUACGUAGGGCAUAAGGGCAAGUUUGGACACGAAUUUUUGGAGUUUGAGUUUCGGCCAGACGGAAAACUUAGAUAUGCCAACAACAGCAAUUACAAAAAUGAUGUCAUGAUCAGAAAAGAGGCAUAUGUACAUAAGAGUGUAAUGGAGGAACUGAAGAGAAUUAUUGACGACAGUGAAAUUACAAAAGAAGAUGAUGCUUUGUGGCCUCCCCCAGAUAGGGUUGGUCGACAGGAGCUUGAAAUUGUAAUUGGAGAUGAGCACAUUUCUUUCACCACAUCUAAAAUAGGUUCUCUUAUUGAUGUAAAUCAGUCAAAGGAUCCUGAAGGCCUUCGAGUGUUCUACUAUUUGGUACAGGACCUGAAAUGUUUAGUUUUCAGUCUUAUUGGAUUACAUUUCAAGAUUAAACCAAUUUAAAUCAUAUGUUUUUGUUAUAGUUUUUUUUUUUUACAUUUAUAAAUUUAAGGGAUUGAUUAAGGAAAGGCUUGUAUCUUUUACAGUAUUGGGAUUUUUAUGAAUGUGAAUACUUUUUUUUGUAUGCUAACUGAAAAUGAGAAAAUAGAAAAAGGCUUAAUGCUUAUCAUCAGUUGGGCCCAAAUGUGUUGGAAAGUCCCCAUACAUAUUACAUUUUGUAAAUAAAAUCCAUCUUUCAUUGUAAUUUUGCUCUAAUGAAGUGUAUCAAAGCCUGGAUGGAGAGCAUUUAUUAUUUUCAGAAGACUGUAUCUCUGAUUCAUUUUAAAGAUAAUUCCAAAGGGAUGUAAAAUUUUAAUUUAUUUAUUCAUUUAUUGGAUAAAAACAGAAAAAUUGAGAGGGGAGUGAAAGAAAGAGACACCUGCAAUACUGCUUCACAACUUGUGAAGCUCCCCCCCCCCCCCCAUGCAAGAGGGGUCUGUGGGCUUGAGCAUUGUAACAUAUAUGUUCAACUGAGUGUACCACCACCCCGCCCAAUUCCAAAGUGAGUUUGUAGGUACAUUCUACUACCGUACAAGUUUCUUUAGGUAUAUUCCUACUCAUUAAACACAAUAGUAAAACUUUCCUUAUUUCUUUUUUUUUCUAACUUUUUUUUUAGUUUUGUUUUAUUAGGGAAAAAAUGAUCUUCCUUUUUUUAUACUUGAUAGAAUUGAAUUUUAUUUUGAUGCUUGCAGAGGUUAUUUACAAAAAGUUCUGAUUUUUCACAUGUAAUGACCUGUCAACUUCCAUGUCCAUUGGAAAAGCAAUUACAGAAGCCAAACUUCCCACCUCUGCACCCUAUAAAGUUGCAUACUCCCAGAGGGAGAACAAGUAGAGAAGCUUCCAGUGGAGGAGCUGGGAUAUGGAACUCUGGUGAUGGCAAUUGUAUGGAAUUGUACCCCUUGACCCUUAAUUUUGUUCAUUAUUCUUAAAUCACUAAUAAAAAAUAAAAACUAAAUAUUAUAUAGCAAUAAUUUAUGGUGAACUGAUUUCAACGCUGGGGCCUUGCCCGUGUAUGACUUCACCCGAGCCUGCUUUUUUACUCAGACAGUGAGACCAGACAGGGAAAGAUGCCACAGCUCCAGAGCUUCCUCCUCUACCAUUGACAUUCCUCUGUAGUACUGGGACUUGAAGCUAGGCCACUCAUAGCAACAUAUGUAUUUAUCCAGUGAGCUGGUGAGCACUCUGGUCCAUGAAACUUAAGUUUUGAUAGUUCUGAGGUCAGCACAAUAUAUCAAUACAUCUCCUGUCACCUUCAUAACUAAAGUCUUUUAAAAUAACCAAGCGUUUUCCCAAGUGUUGGUUCUGUGCUCCAUUUCUCUUCUUUCCCCCUUCAUCUUUUCUAUCAAGUAGGUGUUCUCUAGAAGCUUGUUGAACUCGUUUUUUAUAUUUCCUGCUUCAGAUUAUUUGCUUUUAUAACAGCCUGAGGUGGAAGACAUUUAUUUCUGUCACUGUGGAAACUAAUUAGUUACAUUUUGCAUGAAUUUUGUCCCCACACAUAUACCACAGAGGUGUAUAUCCUAACACUGAUAAUGAUGUGUCCUUAGAUGUGGUCAAAAUAUGAUUCUAACUUAUCAUGAUAGUCAAAGUAAAACAUUCGAGUUUAGUUUUUGUAGUUGCUCAGCUCUGGCUUCAAGGUGAUCUAGGGGUUGAACUUGGGAACUCUAUACUUCAGGCAUGAAAAACUGCUGAAACCACUCUUCUAUCUCCCCAGCAGAGAAUUAUUAUUUUAUUAUACAUAUUUUUAUAUCUUUAUUUUGAGUUUUCAGGUUUUGUGUCUGCUUCUUAUCUAUAGUACAGGUAGGUAUUUAAUUUUAUUUAUUUUUGGCACCAGUUAUUGCUGGAAUUUGGUGCCUACCUUAUGACCUUGCAGUUCUUCUCCUGGAGAUAUAUCCUAAAAAAGCAAACACAUGAAUCCAAAGAGAUCUCUGUUUACUUAUGUUCACAGCAGCACAGUUUGUAAUAGUCCAAACUUAGAAGCAACCUACAUGUCCAAAAACAGAUAAGUGACUAAGAAAA